AUGGUCAAGAAGAGAAAUAAGAAGAAAAAUAAGAAAGAAAUAAAUAAGGAAGUACUAAAAAAUGCAGGAUUUGAUGAAGGCGAGAUUUGGAGGUUGGACUUUAAAGAAGAGAUCGAAUUUGAAGAAAAUGUUGUUGAUCAAAGCAGGUAUGAAGUACCCUUAUUCGAUUUAAAGGGUUAUAGAAGCCAAAAAAAAAUAGGUAAACCAAUGGGACAGGAUAUUGAAAUGGAAGAAGAACAUGAUUCAGACGUUAGCCACGAGGAUUCAGAGGUUAUUGAUGUUGUUGCGCAAGAUGAUUUUGAAGAAUAUGAAAUUGAACAACAAAAAGAUGAUGAAUCUAGAUUCUUGAAAAAAAGAUUUGAAAUAGAAUUAGAUUAUAUGAAAAAACUUAGAGUUUGGGAAGCUUCUUUUUUUAUACACUCCAGUGAGAACCUAGAGAAUACUCAACAAGAAUUUUUCUAUGUUAUAGAAUUUGGGCAUGUGAAUCCAGAGAGGAACUAUGAGGGAACUUUAAAGAGAAUGAUGGUUUAUACAGCAGCGACAUUACUAAAACCAGGAGAAGUAAAAUUAUUGACUUUCCCCAUCAUUGUUUGGCCAAAAAAAAUUUUAUAUAUUUCAUAUUCUGAAUUGGAAAUGUUUCAAAUAUCUAUUAAAAUUUGGGCAAUUGCAACAUUUACUUUUAACCAACUCCUUGCAUCUGUGAAAUUAACUCUCAAAGAUAUAUUGGAAAACGAACCGGAAACCUAUUUAAUGUUUAAAAAACAUCUCCCAGCUCCUUUGGGGAAGGAUGGUAAACCUCGUAAAGAUUUAAACCAAAAAAGUUUUGAAGUACACAGAAGUAGAGUAACUUUGCAAUUACAAGAAAUUUUUGAUUAUGAUAUUUCCUUAGAAAGUUGGAGCUUUAUUCCAAAUAGAAAACUUCCUAUAGAAAUUAAAAAAGCACCAAAAUUCUUACGACUAAAAGUACCUUUAAAUAAUGAUAUAAAUUCAGGCAUGUCUUCUAGAGAAACAAUGGUUACUCCAUAUUCUACCGGAGGUUACUGGAAGGCUGUUUGCAAAUUUGUAUUUACUGGAACAAAAAUUCAGUUAAGAAACGCAUACAUUAUAGUAGAAGUGUUAGCAUAUUUAAAAUUUGGACCCUCUGUUAUAGGAGCUGCAAUGAUACCAUUAGCAUCUGUAGAAAGCUAUCCGUUAGUUAAAACAACAAUCAGGAGAGUAACCAUCGAUAUAUACAAGAUUAUUGCAGGGGAGAUGAUUGGCAAUGUUUUUUGCUACUCAAGGAGUACAGGUCAACCCAAUGAAAAUAUUAGAAGUAGGCCUUCACAAGUUGCUUCAGGAGCAGCAUUAGUCUCUCAAUUAAACAUAAAUGAAAGAUAUUUGGUCUUUAGGCUCUUUAAUUGUGAUAAUUUGGCAGCUGCAGACGGCGUAACAGGUACUUCAGACCCAGUGGUAAAAGUAAGUUGGGAUGGAAUUGUUAAUACAUCUUCAGUUAGAGAAAAAACAAGAAGACCAGUUUAUAAUCAAAACCUGUACUUUCCUGUAAGAAUUUUAGACCAAAGAGAGCUUUUGGUCACAAGUUUUAGGAGAAAAUGUUUGCCAAUUGAUUUGCUUUGUAAAGGUCCAGUAAAAAUUGAAGUUUGGAAUAAGAACGAUACAUCAUCAAUUUUAUUAGGCUCAGGUGAAGUUAAUCUAAAUAAAAUGUACACUAUUGGAAAAGAAGACUUUAGGUGUUUAGCAGAAGGAUUAAUAGAUAGGAGAUCUAGAAGAGCAGACGGGAAACCAAAUUUUGAUCAAGAAGCUGAUCGAGGUGAAACUGAAGAUAACAUUUUCGUUAAUAAUACUUUAUUUACAGUUCCAUACAAUACUUUGGUACUAAACAUGAAUAUGUCACUCAAAUCAAAGGGGUUUGGAAAGAGUGUAUUAAAACCGAGCAUACAUUUUGAGAUGUUUUUUAUUCCACCAUUUCCUGCUGAUGUGGUUGUUCCUGCUCCACCAUCAAGCAAAGCAAUCAGUAAUAUAUGGAAGCAAUUGGGAAAUAGAUGGAAUCGUGAUUUUCACAAAUGGAAAGGAAUUUACAAGCAAUGGUUUUCCUCUGCACCGGAUAAAAGAAACUUCAAUGUAUUGCAGAGGCAUCCACAAACAGAAGAGAUUUUUCCAUUAUGUUCAUAUAUAUCUCCAAUUGCAGUUCCUAAUUUGAUAUCUAAUGAAGGAAGUUUGUUACAUUGGAUCAAUAAUUUCAUGUAUAUAACAUUAGAAAGUCAAAUUCAACCACCUGGGAAGAUUCCAGAAUUUACUCCCCCUAAUUUGUUCUUAUUAUCAAAAAAGGGAAGUAUUACAGAUCAUGUAUUGAUGCUUUGUAGUUGUUUAUUAGGGAUAGGAUUCGACGCAUAUGUAUGCAAAGGAACUAUAGAAAAUGGAACUUUAGAACAUACAUGGGUUAUGACUAGACAUAGGUUUGGUCAUAUUCAAUUUUGGGAAGUUACAAGUAAACAAAGAUAUGUUCUUCCUUGUAGGUAUGGGAUCGAUCAGUAUUAUUCAAUGAUGAACCCAUUCCAACAAAAUGUAGAAGUAAUACCAUCAGUAAAUAAUGAUAAUAAUGAUUUAGAGGUUCCUGAUGAUAAUUUAAGAGUAGAAAUGUUUGAAAAGGAAAGAGAGUACUAUAAUGGGUUAUAUUUGCAGCAAUGGUUUGAAUGGUUAAAACAAACAGGGCAAGUCAAAUAUGUAGAAACUCAUGCUAAUGAAAACAUGGGAAUAGAUAUUUGGGGUGAAUUUUUAGUUCCGGACAUAAAAAUUGAUCCAAAAGAAGUAGAUUAUGAAAAUCCUGUAGAAGAAGAUAUAAAUGAUAUUGGUAAUCGAAAAUCUGACAGAGCAAAAUUCCAGAAAACUAGUUUAGAUGCAAUAAGAAAGGUUAUAACGGAAUAUAUUAAGAAUAUACCCAUUAUUCCAGAUAAAAGAUUUUUGACACCAGAACUUAUUUCAUAUGUACCUUAUAGUACAAUUGAAUUAGUAUUUAAUAAUAGACAAGUAUGGGGUAAUCUGGGAAACCAUCACCCUGCUUUAAUUACAUAUGAUUUAAAUAAUCCCUAUAAAUGGAGAACAUUUUGUGGGUCAAAGCCAGAAAAUAUCUUUCAAGAUUUGAUAAUAGAACCACCAUUACAAGGAAGAGCUGUUGAAAAGUUGGAAGAAUCAAUAUCGGUUUCAGUUGAAGAAAAUAUUGUUUUAAACAGACUAAAAUUGGGUAAAGAUACUUUAUUCGACAGAAGUUCUGAACUUGGAGAAAGGAUAAGUGCUUAUUUGACAUUAUUAGAAUUCAAAUUAACCUUAGAUCCUCUAUAUGAUCCUGGCCCUCCAGAUAACCAUACAGCAUGGUCAGCUUUGAAAACUAAAGAAAUGAUUAUUAAGGAAGAAAAAGAAAUGAAAGAGAGACAAGAAAAAGAAGAGAAAAAGAAACUUAAGCUGAAAAAAAAGUCAAACUUUGAGGAUAUGGUUGUUAGUAAACAAGUAAGUCCAGGAACUGUAGGUAAUUAUUCUGGGCAAGAUCCUCAAGUUGACUUUUUUAAUGCAAAUUUUUAUGGAAACCUUGAAAAUAAGCCAGAAAGUAAUUUUAAUCGAAAUAAAACGGGUGAUAACCUGGUUCCCCAAUGUUAUACAAAUAUGGCGAUAAAUGCCUCCUAUAAUUCAAACAAUCCAAAUGCAGUAGGAAGAGACUUUAAGUCAGAAUUCCCUUCAUUACAGUAUGAUCCGAAUUCCCCAUAUGCAACUAGUAAUUUUAAUAACCAGAACUUAAAUACCAGCAAUGUUGAAAGUAACAAACAAUUUGUUAACAAUCCUGUCAAUAAUUCAGCAAACCCAAAUAAGAUGGAUUCCUAUCACUCAUUUUUCCAGAAAUCAAAUUCAAUAGAGAAAGAUGAAAAUAAAACCAAAGCAUUAACUCAAUCUUUAAAAGAAGAAUCAAAAUUCAAUGUUUCAAAUAUUCCCCCAAAUGUUCAUUCGGAAGCACAUGUAAUUUCAAAAUCAAAAAUUAAUGAAAAUAAUAACACAUUUUUUUUAGAAGAAGUUUCUUCAAAAAAUAAAGACCCAAAAGUCGACUUUAAACAAAAUAUGGAGAAUGAAAUCAUUGAUUUUGAAGAAAAAAAAUUGUCGGAAGAAAAAAAUGAUGAAGAUUUAGAAAAUCUAGAAAAUGAUGUAAAAUAUUGGAAUGCACUAGUUGAUAGCGAAAUUGCCGAUAGUUUGGAAAUUGAACCAGAAUUGCCUGAGGAAGGGGUCAAUUUAUCUAAAAUUGGAAUGAAAGCAAAAAUUUCAAAUUGGGCCAAGCCAGAAAAGGAAAAAAGCCAGAUAGAUAAAGACUCUCAAAAAGAAAAUGUUUCUGAGAAUCAAUCAGAAAGCAAAACCGCUAAAGAAGAGAAGAGUGAUGAAUUAAUUAAUACUAGUCAGGUCAAUUCUGGAUCAGAAGAUGAAAGUGAGGAAGAAGAAGAAAUUCAACCUCCUCCUUGGAGGAAAUUGAAUAGGCCUUUAAAGUAUAUUAAUGAUCAGAUUUCAAAAUGGAACUGGUACUAUAGAAUGGAACAGCUUUAUUAUGAUUGGCAAGCUAUUAACUUCCCAACCUUCCCUAUGUCAACUUUUACUGGAUUCCCUAUUCAUUUCUCUACGGCUGAUCCUAAUGAUGUUCGAUCAUUUAUCGUUGGUUCAAAAAGAUUCCGAAUUUUUAUUGAAUUACCACAAGAUGAGGCACACUUUUUUAUUUAUCCAAAAAUAUUCCCACUUGUUGGAGGAGUAUCAUCAACCUGGGUAUUCUUAGGAGUACAUAUUCCAUGGACUAAUAUAAAUGAGUUGGAAUCAAGAAUGAAAAAAGAUAAAAGGAAAAACUACUUUAAAGUUUACUCAUCAAAUAAUAGCAACAUUUCGCCAACAAGAGAUUUUGAAACAUUUUUUAAAUACCAAAAUUUUCAAGAAUUCAAUAAAAAUAUACCAAAUUUAGGAGAAAUCAAUUUACUAACUGAAAACUUUCAAGCAAACAAAAUUUAUGAAAAAAAUGACUUUGAGCAAAGAUUUAAAGCAAAAGAGAAAAACUUUGCAAAUCGUGAUAGAAGAUUUCGUACAAAUGAACUACACAAAUUCAGCAAGUAUUGGUUGAAGAAGUUGGGAAUACCAAAGGAACUACCACCUUCAGCAUGGUGUAAUGAAGAAGGUGUUAUCAUGGGAAUACCAAUUACAAACAAUUUUUCUAAGAUAUUAAAUGAAAAAAUUAAGUCAAUUAGUGGUAGGCAGCUUCCAGUUAUUACUGAGGAUUUUCUAGAUCGUUUUUUUGAACAAAAUCAUAGUGAUCAACUCUACUCUAAGGGUUUAAAUGUUGCAUGUAAUGGGAAAGCUGUAAUAUCGAAUUCAUUUUACGAAAUAAGUGGUAAGUUUAGAAGAGAACAAUGGUUUUACGAAAUUAAAUUAACAAUUGUUUUAUUAUGA